AUGGGGCAGAGCGUCCCUGGAGGCAUAAAGACUAUUGACAUGAGGGACCCGGCGUUCAGGCCUCUGAAGCUGGAGUUGGCAGCUUUGGACCACGCCAAGCCCUCCAGGCUGGACCUGCUGCUGGACAUGCCCCCUGCUGGACAGGAGGUCCAGAUGCAGCACUCCUGGAACAACAACGACCGAUCCCUCAACAUCUUCGUCAAGGACGACAACAAACUGGUCUUCCACCGGCACCCCGUGGCUCAGAGCACGGACGCCAUCCGGGCCUGUAUCGGCUACACCCGGGGGCUCCACGUCUGGGAGAUCAGCUGGGCCAUGAGGCAGCGGGGAACGCACGCCGUUGUUGGCGUGGCGACAGGAGACGCGCCCCUUCAUUCUGUAGGAUACACAGCCCUGGUGGGUAAUAACCACGAGUCCUGGGGCUGGGACCUGGGACGGAAUAAACUCCACCACGAUGGGAAGAACCAGCCCAGUAAGGCAUACCCUGCAUUCCUGGAGCCGGAUGAGACGUUUCUAGUCCCCGACUCGUUCCUGGUAGUGUUGGACAUGGACGAGGGGACUCUGAGCUAUAUAGUGGACGGACAGUACCUGGGGGUGGCUUUCAGAGGGCUCAAGGGGAGGAAGCUGUACCCUGUCGUCAGUGCUGUGUGGGGGCACUGUGAAAUACGAAUCCGCUACAUCAAUGGACUCGAUCGUAAGUGUAUAUAUAUAUAUUAUCUAAGGGGUUCAGGGUUGGCUUUUGUCUUUGCUCUGAGACUAGGGCUGCACGGUUUGGACAAAAUAUCUAAUUACAAUGUUCUUUGGCCAGAUAUUGCGAUUUAUGAAUUAAGGACCUUUUUUUUUUUUUUUUUUAAUAUGUGCGAGAUGGAAUCUUGUAUCUCCUGUCCAGCUUGUUUAUCGUGUUCUUGAAGCUGUCUUUGCUGACUGUAAAUCAAAUCCUAUUUUAUUUGUCACAUGCGCCCGAAUACAACAGUGAAACGCUUACUUGCAAGCCCUUAACCAACAAUGCAAUUCAAUAAAUAAAUAGGAACCAUGUCUUUUGGCUAUGUGAUAGGCGAUAGCCUCAGUGAUUUCUAUGUGUCUACGAGAUGUUUUUUCAUAGGGUGUUACCCUUGAAAACGCAUCGGCAAUCAAUGCCUUUUUAACAUUGGUGGCUGAGGCGUGAUUGGCCAGCAUGCCAUGCAGAGUUAGAGAGCCCCCUUGUGAUUGGUCAGCAUCCUAUUGUGCAUGUAGAAAGUGAGUCUAGCACAUCUCACUGGAGGAGGUGGCGUAGGCUAGUUUUUGUCGUAUUAACGGAGUGUCAAAGAAAGGAGAAAAUCGCAGCCUCUUGCGAUAUGAAUAUUGCACAUGCCAAUAUCACAAUUUCGAUCAUCUGAAUUUCGAUUAAUCGUGCAGCCCUACAUGAGACACAGUUUUAGACUUUCUAAACGCUAUAGGAGUCUACUAGAGCCAUGUCUCACGGCCAGCUGUUGGGCGCUUUCAGCAGGACACGACAUUCUGGAACGUUCAGAUAUAAAUAUGCUGUGUAGAACAAACAUGCCUCUCUGACGUGGCAUUUAUGAUCAGGAAUAAUGUUGGCUCUAUUCAUGACCAUUUUUUUUUUUUAUCUGUAACGUUUGACAACGUAAGGGCUACUGCCCGUGAUCCUAGCCAUCCCGCUAAUGCUUCCUCCUAGGGAGCUUUAGCAGCUCUGUCUGUCUGUCUAGACAUUGGGUUGUGGUUGUACAGACUGACGUGAUUCAUAACUAAAUCAUAGACACAAAUUUGGACUGUGUCCAGAAUGACACUUGAGCAUAACUGUAACAGUCCAUUCAACAGUUGGGCCCAUUUAAAACACAUUACUGCACACCAAGGUUACACCGGAGCAUCUAGGCUUUCUUGCCUGGUUCCAGAUCAGUUUGUGCUCUUGCCAAUUCCUAUGGUUACUGUUAAUGUAUAGGUGUUGGCAAGGCAACACAAACAGAUCUUGGAUCAGGCUAGAACAGACUACAAUUAGGCUAGCGUGGUCCCAGAUCUGUUGGUGCUGUCUUGCUUAUUUCUAGGAUCAUUUUCGCACAUUUUGUCUUGCUGGCCGUGACUAUGACCACAGGAGUUAACAGAAACUUCACAGAUCAGGUUAGAGGCUUACAGACUACACCGUUAGGCUAGCGUGGUCCCAGAUCUGUUUGUGCAGUUGUUUUCUCAAACUGCAAUUCAACAAGACAAGCUAAACAGAUCUGGGACCAGGCUAACAGCCAUUGAUCCUAACUGUUAUCCAAGCCAGUUGGGCACUACCUGAUAAGGUGCCACUGGCAUCGUGAUAACAUCACUUUACCUCUCUGACCGAUGCCCCAGAGACAAUCCUGUUGAUCACAUCUUUUUCUCUUCUACCAUCUUAGUCCCGUGUAGCUCAGUUGGUAGAGCAUGGCGCUUGCAACGCCAGGGUUGUGGGUUCGAUUCCCACGGGGGGCCAGUAUGGAGAAAAAUAAAUUAACAAAAAUACUGCACUCACUAACUGUAAGUCGCUCUGGAUAAGAGCGUCUGCUAAAUGACUAAAAUGUAAAAUCUUAGGAUUUGACUGCUACCUCUCGGGCUGGGUAGCAAGGAGUCACAAGAAUGGUCUUUAAGUAAUCACUGAUCUGACAUACGUAGAAUGGUGUACUAUAACAAGCUUUCCAUUGCAUUGCCAGAAGCGUGGAAUGAAGCAUUCAUUUCAAGAGUAUUCACAAGGCCCAGGAGUUUUUCCUUGCCAUGUGAUUUGACCAUGAAAAACUCUGGCUCCUAGAUUCCCGCUCUAGUUUAGAAAAGAAAGCAUUGUGGCUUUGAAGGGUGAAACAAACCUCCGUGGACAAAAACAAAACACGAUGCCUGUGACUAGUGGGAAAUGACUCCCAAUGGACUGGACUGACUCACCCUCAUGACUCCUCGUCCACUCUUCUCCUCUCGGGGGAACGUGGUUUCUAAUGAGAAAAUACAUGUUUUUCAAAACAUGUUGUUGUACGGGAGCAAUUCACUCCUUGUACACUAAUACAAAUAAGCAUGACGUAAUCACGGUAGUAAAAUGUUCAUCAAAACAAGUUGUUGUUGUACAACAGGACAGUUAUGAUUGGAUGGGUGGGGGGUGUGUCAUGCUCUCGCUGAUAUUGAAGUUAAACUAAAUGUGAAAGUCUAUAUUGCUGCACUCUAAAUCUCUCUUUCUCUCCAGCUGAGCCUCUCCCUCUGCUGGAGCUGUGUCGGUGCUCUGUGAGGGUAGCUCUGGGCAGAGAACGACUGAGUGACAUCCAUGGUCUGCCCCUGCCGGCCUCUCUCAAGAACUACCUUCUCUACCAAUGA